AUAAGCGCAGUGGUAAUGAGGCGGAACACCAGCCGCUCACGCGAUUGGAUUGGCACUUUGGAAGAGUGCUAUGUCAUCGAUGCCAUGUUUGAGCUACCUUGUAAAAUUGUUAAUGUGCCGCAAUUAAACGACGAACAGGUAAUAGCGCAAAUAAGCAGCUAUUUUAAAGAAUAUGCUGGCUUUAUAGCCAUGGGCGGACUGAGUGACACUGCGUCAAAGGGCAUUGCGGGCAUUAAACUUGGCACGACUGGUGUCUACUUGUUGAUUGUGGAUCCGCAUUAUACGGGCGUGCCUAGUGAGAGACAGCAAGUUUUCGAUCAGAGCUAUGUGCGUUGGAUGCAUGUGAAGGAGUUUCCAGCAGGCGCUUAUAAUCUUUGCUUUAUACUACAAAAAUAAAUACAAUUUAUCAAUGAUUAACAUUUUGUUUCUCUUCU